GUGGGCAGAAACUGCCGAAAGAGUUGAGCCUUGAAUUUGAAGUUAGGAAAGUUUGGAUUGUCUUGUGGGUGUAUGGUGAGACAUGAAAUGUGGUGGAUACAGGUAAAAGUCAAUUCUCUUAUGACUAGAACCAAGUUUUCUGAAGUAGUUUCUUGGUCCUUUUCACAGCUAUUGUUUCCUUAAGUUUUCUAUUAUGAGCACAAGGUGCAUACCCUCCUUAUAAGAUUGUCCUGGGAGCAUAAGCACAUUAGUCUCAUGACAUGGGCCCUAAACCCUACCAUAAACAGAUAGUAUGCUAUACCUAAAUGAUGGAAAUUGUGUGGGUGUGAGUGGUGGUGGUGGUGGGGUCUGGAACCCUAUGUCAGGCAUGAAGGAAACCUGGUUAGAAAACAGGAAUUAAAGAAAGUUCAGACUGGAUUCAGAUUCCUAAAUUCAAAUGUGGGGUACUACUCCCUGCUCUUUGACCUUUGGUAAGACAUUUAACUUAUUUUCUUAGCAUUGUGUUCCACAUUUGGGGAGGAGAGUCAUAUGAAUAAUUAUAUAAAGCCACUAAGGACAAUUGGUAAACUUUCUGUUAACAAAGGUUGUCAUGAGAAGCCAGUGGUGGCCCUUUAAAUGGGGGGAGGGGCUAUCUUUAUCUGUUCAGUUCUGCUUUUACGUUUAGUGAGGGUUCUGGUGGCUAUCUUUUGCUCCCAUGGGUAUUAGUCCUCUAUUGAUUACUUUUAGAAUGGAAAAUUGAGUUUUGUCCCUGGUUAUCAGCUGGCUCCAUACCAUCAGGAUCCAGAUUCCAAAACUUUAUUCUGAACAGUUUGCUUCAUCCUUGGGGCAUGGAGGCUUGUCUCCUCAGGUCUCCCAAGGAUAUUUUUUUCUCACACCCAAAUGGUCAUGAAUUUGCUUUGGCAGGUGGAUGAAGACUCAGGAACUUCCCAGAAUUCUGCCUCACCCACUGAGCCAGGCCCAGAAUAUGGGGCAUUGUGGCUAACCCCACCAGGUGGGUACUUGGUCUGAGGAAGUAUAGGGAAGGCCCUAUGCUGGACCUUUGGGGAAAUAAGGUGGUGGGAGCUGGCAGAACCAUUUUCUGUCUUAAAGGUGGGAAUGGGGAGGAAAUACACCCAAUGUAAACUGAGGUAGUAUUUCAUAAUCAACCAUAAAAUGGCUACAGCUAGAUGAUUUUCUACAGUGUGUUGUGUGGUAGUAUACACAGUCUCGGAAUUCUAUAAAAAUUGCCCCACUUUCCAGAUAACUGGAGCUGUAUUUUAAUAAUUUAGCUGUGGAAAGCCUGUCUCAGUGAUAAUUGUUAGGGAAAGAGCUCAGGAGGGACAUUGCGGAAAUUUGGUCCCACAGACCUUGGAGAAACUCAACUUUUGAGGUUCAAAGCUCCCCUAGUGUGAGAUUGGACCGAGAGCCAAAAUAGCAAAUACCAUGGUCAAAGCACCUUGGUGCUGGAUUUACAGGAGUGUGAUGUCAUUCUGGAAGAUAAACCCAUGGCUUGCUGCAUGCGAGGCCAGCAGCUAAAAACGACUGGUUUUAGCCCCUGCUUCCUGGCUUCCUCAGUUUUAACGUUUAAAAUGAAAACGAUCACCACACCCAUGGACCACAUUUUGCAUUGAAGGCAUAUAGAAGGUGUACUGUUUUUCCAAAUAAGUUCUAUGGUUCCUUUACAUCAUGAAAACCAGUAUCCUGGUUUUGCAAGCUGCCUAGUCCCUUCUUAGCAGGAAGCUUAUCCCCUUAUUAAUGUUGGAUUUUGAGGAACUGCCCUAUGUCCUGUAGAGUAGAAGGUGGGGCUUGUUUACCUUGUUGAAUUGUGGCAUUCCAAAUAAACCUUUCUUAAUAUGCUGGUGUUUUUAUUUGGGAAAUGGUUUUUGCUUGGAAUUGAAUCCAAGGUGAGUCCCUUGGUAUAUGUGAAGCAAAUCAUUUUGAUCUUCCACUAUAGAUGGAAAGUGUGGUAUUGUGGUUUUUAACAGUAAAAAUUAGCAUGGCCUCUGAGAAACCAUUUGGUAACUGAAGAAUAUGAUACUAAUAUGCAUUGAAACCCAAAAUGUGUGGGAUCCAGUUACUUUCGGUUUAGACUGAUAUUCAAAAGCAAGGAAUUUAUUGCCAAAAAGAUAAAUUAUGCUUGUCUCCUAUGAACUUAAGCCACUGGAAAAGGGAGCAGAGGACUCCUUAGAAAAUUAGCAGACUUAAAAAAGUAAUUUGACUUCAUUCAAUAGACUGACUUUGAUUUGGCGGACAUGUGCAUAAAGUAGUACAUUAACAUUGCUUCAAACCUGCUUUAGCAAAGCAGUAUUGGCAGUUGGUUCACACAGGCUUAUAAAUAUUUUCUGCUUCACUUGGUGUCAUAGUCAGGGCUUCAUAGUAUCUAGGCAAGCACUCUACCAACUUAAUUUUUUUUUUUUUUGAGAUAGGGCCUUAUGUGGUUCACACUGGCCUCAAACUCAUUUUGCUUCCAUUUUGCAGGUGUAAUUCAGAAGCAUGAAUUCUUAUUGUUCCUACCUUUUCUAACUUAUUCCAAAUAAUAUAUAUUUAAAGCAUAGACAUGGUUUUAUAAAUAUACACACUAAAGAUAGUUACUAUCAAGAUAAUUGCCAAGUUUAUUACCUUCAUAUAAUCUGCUUUCGCUAUCUAUAAAAAUGUGAUUUAUUAUUUUAAGUAUGCUACAGUAUCACUAGGCUGAUGCUGUCUUCAGGAUGAAAACAGAACUUCAAAUCAUACUAGGUGAGUAUGCUACCUUUGAGCCAUCUCCUCAACUAAUAUUGUCUUUAUUUUAAGGUUAGAUACUAUACUGUAAGUGUGUUGGGUCCAUAUGUUGGCUGUUUUAUUUUAUUGUAUUUUUGACCUAUGCCUUUAUUUUCCAAGAUGUUUUAAUUUAGGUCUGUGUAUGGUUGGUUCUCUUAGAUAUCAAAGGUCUCCGAUUGCUCUGGGGUAAGCCAGCCAGUGACACCAGAAGCUAAGCUCAAGUAACCUGCAAGAGCAACAUGGACUUAUUUUUAAAUUUUAUUUUUGUUUGCAUUGGUGUUUUACCUACAUGUCUGUGUGAGGGUGUCAGAUCUUGGAGGUACAGUUGUAAGCUGACAUGUGGGGGCAGGGAAUUGAACCCAAGUCCUCUGGAAGAGCAGCCAGUGCUUUUUUUAACUACUGGGCCAUCUUUCCAGCACCCACAACAUGGACUCUUAAAAGAUACUGGGUCAUCUUUCCAGAUCUCUCUUUAAGAUAAUGGCUACUUCUCUCUCCCUCUCUUUUUGUUGUAUCUAUGGUUGACCUUAGCUAAUGAGGUCUGUUAAGAUGGUUCCUUGGGUGUAAAUCUGGUUCAAAGGUCUAGCCUGACUUCUAUCUCCAGAUGCCACAGUGAUGUUUAGCCUGAGACACAGGCCACUAGAGCUACAUGUCACUUACAAAGAAAAAAAACGUACUCAGGUGUGUUUGGUGAUUUCAAGCAGAGUGUAAUGAUGGCAUGUGCCAUUAGUGCCAGCACUCUGGAGGCAUAGGCAGAUGGAUCAUCAUGAUCUACAGAGUGUGUUCAAGGACAGCCAGGACUACAUAAAGAAACUCCUGUCUUAAAAAACCCAGAACAACAACUAAAAACCUUUUGUUGUUUUGGGACUACCGUGUUCCUGAUUGUCCAGAAACCUUAAAGACUGCAAGAAAAUCCUCUAUUGGAAAUGACUAAAGUUGUAUGAUACACUAUAUAAGAAAUAUUAUUUCUGUUCGUCAAAAUUUUAAAUUUCCUUUUGUCUCUGCCUUUUAGUGCUAGGUGGGAUUAUGGGUGUGUGCCACCAUGUGUGUGGUCUGCUGACCAGGGAUCACACCCUGAAAAGUGAUUCUUAGAAGCCUGUAGGAGCCCCUUCCUAUUCCACUGUGCUGGAUUGUUGACGCGUUGAGCUAAUGCAGCUCUUGGAAAUAUAGCCUCUUAUGUGCCAAGGACACCAGGUCCAGUCCUAACAGGCUUUCAACUCUUAAAAUGUAUUCAACCAUUCUUUGGAGGUAGCCCCCAGCCUUGAAGAGCAUGUGAUAAGUAGAUGUCCCAUUAGUUGCCUAGGCACCGCACAGAUACUUAAUUCUAUGCACUUCAGCUAGUUUCUGUGUUAACCAUCAACUGCCCAUAAAAGCUUUAAUGAGGUCUGACAGCUACACUAAUUAAUGGAUAUAAACAGACUAAUUUAGAAGGCAGACAUAACAUAUUGGGAUCUAUAAGCUGUACACAAGGGUUUGUGGCUCUAUUUACAGACUCAAGCAUGCAUUACUCUUGUGGAGUAAGCUUUUUUUAAAAACCCAGUCAAGUACUGGAGAGAUGGAUGAGCAGAUAAGAGCACUCUUCGAAAGCACCAGAGUUUAAUUCCCAGUGCCCACGUAGCAGCACACAAUCUAGGGGAGGUGGCAUCCUCAAGCAGUUUAGGCAGAAAAUGAAAUAAAGAUAAAUCUUGGAGGAAAAGAAAGUCAAGUCAGUUACUCCCAUAACAUUUGUGCCACUAGAUUUUUCCAUUCCCAGGUCUCUUCAGCUUAUGUAUACAGUAUUGUGCCUGUGCCUAUUCCUAUAGGCCAGAAGAGGGCACCAGAUCCCAUUAUAGAUGGUUGGGAAACAAAUUGAACUCAGGAUCUUUGGAAGAGCAGCCAUUGCUCCUAACCUGUGAGCCAUCUAUCCAGGCCAGGAAAUGGUGAAUUUUAACUUCUGAUUGGUAUGCCCCAAUCCUCAUUUGCCCCAUAAUAGGGAAGAAGUGGAUGGGGAUUUUCUAGCCAGGGGGUGGUGGUGAAUUCUUUAAUCCCAGUCCUCGAUCAGCAGAAGGCAGGCAAAUCACUGACUUCAGGAGAGCUGUGGCUACAUGAGAAACCCUAUGUCAAAAAACGAUAUUCUAUUAAUCUCCAGUUGAACCUUAGCUUUACGGCCCUUCCCAUUUCAGCAGUUUGCCAUGGUUCUGAACACACCUCUGUAGACCGGGCUGGCCGUGAAUUCAGAGAUCAUCCUGUCUUUACCUACCCCCCUCCUGGACUUUGGUUGAAAGAUUUUCUUUAUAGCUUUGGAUGACACAGACUGGCUUUGUAGACCAGGCUGGCCUCAAACUCAGAUCCACCUGCCUCUGCUGGGAUUACAGGUAUGUGCCACUGAUCCUGGCACCUUAGUACUUACUUUUUUUCUUUGUAGUUGGUGCUUCUCUGUGUAGGCCUGGCUGUCCUGGACUCACCUUGUAGACCAGACUGGCCUUAAACUCAGAGAUCUUUCUGAGUGCUGCUCUUACAGGCAUGUGCCUCUGCCUGGCUUUAGUACACAUCAAGCCACCUCCACCAUGAAGUUAGCAGGUGUCAAUCUGUGGUGGUCAUGAAAAGUCCACAACCACUCCCCUCCUCAAAUGUAGUUCAGUUUCUCUGCACAUUUUUAUGCUUUGCAAGUCAUAUAGAUAGGAAACAUGAAGGCAGGAUGAAUCUAAAAGAUCAAUGACCUUUUCCAUCAGUGGAGUCACUAUUGUCAUGUCUACUUUGGCUGUGGCCUUCACUCAUCUGACAGUGAAACUACUGGAUCCUGUUAAGCCGCAUGAGUUUCCAGCUCUUUUGUAAAUCAUGGUAAUCAAAAGCUCCAGGAGCUGCUUCUUAUGUUUUGAUAAAGAAGAGUGCAGCACUGCUAUUCCCUGAAGCACUCACUGGUCACUAAGAUAGUUAAAUCUUUCUGAGCUACCAGCUAACUGCCUUCUCAUCAACUUGUUCAAACUAGUAUAUAAUCCAGUGAGAGCAUAUAAAUGAUUUAAACAUUGAAAAGAAGCUAGGUUCAGUGGGACACUAAUCUCAGUACUGGGAGGCAGAAGCAAGUGGAUCUCUGGAGACCUGUGCUACACGGUGAGUUCCAGGGCAGCCAGAACUCCAUAAAAGACCCUACUUCAAAAAAAAAAAAAAAAAGAAAAUAAAGAUUGAGAAGAAAUGUGUCUGUGCUUUGUGACUUUUGUUUGAGAGUUCCUGCAGAGGCCAAAAGCUGGAGGAAUCCAGCCGGUUGUGAGCUGCCUGGUAUUCUAGGAAGUGAACUUGGAUCCUCUGGAAAAGCACAGCAAACCUAGUCUUAAUGCUGGCCACCUUUCUAACCCAUGAAAACUGCAGAAUAAGUGCAAUAAGGAAAGUAGAAGCCAGGGGCUGUGGUGCAUGCUUGCAGUCCCAGCACUCUGGGAGGCAGAGGCAAGUGGAUCUCAGUUACAGGUCAGCCAAGGCUACACACAAAUUCUGUCUUAAAUUUUUUAAGCUCCUGGGGAAGGAAGCUUUAAGGAGUUUGGGAAAACUAAAAAGGGGGAAGUCAAGAAAAGGCUGGUAUUUGUGUGUGUAAAUGGGGGCUGGAAAGAUGGCUCAGAGAUUUAAGAGUACGAGCUGCUCUUCCAGAGGUCCUGAGUUCAAGUCCCAGCAACCACAUGGUGACUCACAAUCAUCUACUGGGAUCUGGUGCCCUCUUCUGGUGUGCAGGUGUACAUGCAGACAAUACUACAUAAUCUUUUAAAGUUCCUGGAAAAGGAAGCAUUCAAGAGAAAUCAGGAGUUGGGGAGGGAGUCAAGACGGAUAUGUUUGUCUGUGUAUAAAUGCCAUGUGUGUAUGGGCGCCCUUGGAGAUCAGAAGACGGCAGUGGAUCCUUUGGAACUAGAGUUCUAGGCAAUUCUGAGCCACAUGAUGUGGUUUGGGUGCUGGCAAACUGAACUUUGGUCCUCUGCAAGAGCAGCAAUUGCUCUUAACCACUGAGUCACCUUCCAAGCUCCCAGGGAGGGAAAAUACAUUUGAAAGUGCUAUAAUAAAACUAAUACAUUGUAUGCUGAGUUAAAAUUUUUAAGUUAGUCUAACCAUGAAAAAUAGUAGUCAAAACUUAGUAUCUAUGCCAGGUGCUUAACCAAAGCUUUAUGUGUAUUAACUCAUGUAACCAUUAUACCUGUGAGACAGGUUUUUCAAAUUAAGAGUGAUUCACAAACAUUAUGUAUCUUUUGCCUGAGAUCAGCAGAACCACUCCCAGUGGCCAAGUUAUACUGUCCUUUGAAAGAUUACACUGCUUCUAGAAUCAAUAGCAAAUAGCACAAGCCCUUCCCAUUAAUGACUAAUUCACCUUUAAUCCUGUCAUCAGAGGGUUGUACCCAAUCUGGACCUUCCUGAGACGCGAUCUCAGAGAAAGGACCAACAAGAUUGCUCAGGGUAUAAAGACCCUUGCUGCCAAGACGGAAGGACAUGAGCUUGAUCUGGAACUUAACUGUGUGCAGUCCAGUGACCUUCACAGGUGGGCUCUGGCUCCCGCAGGCAGACGCACCAUAGAAGGAAGCCAGGGAAUGGCCGCGGUGUGGCAACAAGUCUUAGCAGUGGACGCGAGGUACAACGCCUACCGUACACCAACAUUUCCACAGUUUCGGACCCAGUAUAUCCGCCGACGCAGCCAGCUGCUGCGGGAGAAUGCCAAGGCUGGGCACCCCCCAGCACUGCGUCGGCAAUACUUGAGGCUACGGAGCCAGCUGUUGGGCCAGCGCUACGGGCCACUCUCUGAGCCGGGCAGUGCUCGUGCCUAUAGCAACAGCAUUGUCCGCAGCAGCCGCACUACCCUUGACCGAAUGGAGGACUUUGAAGAUGAUCCUCGAUCCCUGGGGGCCCGAGGACACCGCCGUUCUGUUAGCCGAGGCUCCUACCAGCUGCAGGCACAAAUGAACCGUGCAGUCUAUGAAGACAGGCCUCCUGGCAGUGUGGUACCCACAUCGGUGGCAGAGGCAAGUCGGGCCAUGGCUGGUGACACAUCGCUGAGUGAGAACUAUGCCUUUGCAGGCAUGUACCAUGUUUUUGACCAACAUGUGGAUGAGGCAGUCCCAAGGGUGCGCUUCGCCAAUGACGACCGGCACCGCCUGGCCUGCUGUUCACUGGAUGGCAGCAUCUCCCUGUGCCAGCUGGUGCCUGCCCCACCCACUGUGCUCCAUGUGCUACGGGGCCACACACGUGGUGUGUCUGACUUCGCCUGGUCCCUCUCCAAUGACAUCCUCGUGUCUACUUCUCUCGAUGCCACCAUGCGCAUCUGGGCCUCCGAGGAUGGCCGCUGCAUCCGUGAGAUCCCUGACCCUGAUGGCGCUGAACUGCUCUGCUGCACCUUCCAGCCAGUCAACAACAACCUCACUGUGGUAGGGAAUGCCAAGCACAAUGUGCAUGUCAUGAACAUCUCUACAGGCAAGAAAGUGAAGGGUGGUUCCAGCAAGCUGACAGGCCGCGUCCUCGGCCUGUCCUUUGACGCCCCUGGCCGGCUGCUCUGGGCAGGUGAUGAUCGCGGAAGUGUCUUCUCCUUUCUCUUUGACAUGGCCACAGGAAAGCUGACCAAAGCCAAGCGAUUAGUAGUACAUGAGGGCAGCCCUGUAACCAGUAUCUCCGCCAGGUCCUGGGUUAGCCGUGAAGCACGGGACCCCUCGCUCCUCAUCAAUGCCUGCCUCAACAAACUGCUGCUCUACAGAGUGGUGGAUAAUGAAGGGACGCUACAGCUGAAGAGAAGCUUCCCUAUUGAACAGAGCUCACACCCUGUGCGCAGUAUCUUCUGUCCCCUCAUGUCAUUCCGCCAGGGGGCGUGUGUGGUGACAGGCAGUGAGGAUAUGUGCGUUCACUUCUUUGAUGUGGAGCGGGCGGCCAAGGCUGCUGUCAACAAGCUACAGGGCCACAGCGCACCUGUGCUGGAUGUCAGCUUCAACUGCGAUGAGAGUCUGUUGGCGUCCAGCGAUGCCAGUGGCAUGGUCAUCGUCUGGAGACGAGAGCAAAAGUAGGGCUCUGCCAGCCCUGCAUUGCCCUCCUCCCACACUCCAGUCUUGUGUUGUAAAUAAAAUGUCUGUGGUCGUGUUGAGGGGCAACUCCCAGGUCUCCCACAAGGAGUCACUAGGGAGCACUGCAGUGUGUUCAUCCAUUCAACAAGCACUUCCUGAGUGUCUGCUGUCAUGUAUCAUGUAGUCAUGCGGCCAGUAGACAGGAACGAAAGCACCAGCUGUGUUGUCAGGAACUGUUCUGAGAAGCAGGGGGACAGCUGUGGUCUCAUCUGGCAGAAAUUCCUGCCCUUGUGGCCUCCCAUCCCAGUGGAGGCAAGUACCUGGUACAUAAAUGUACUGUCAUUCCUUGCUGUUCCAUUUGCUUUAUAAUUGUUCAACUUCAUGACCUUUUGACCUUCCAGUGGCACAGAACCACUACGACUCUUAUAUCCCCAGUCUUGUUUUCCUACUUUAAAUGUAAUGUUCAGUAAAUUACAUGUGCUAGUCAACAUUUGGUUAUAAAAUAGACUUUGCAUUAGGUAAGUUUGUCUCCCUGUAGAAUAAUGUCAGUGUUGUAGGCACAUUUAAGGUGGGUGAGGGUCAGGUAGGGUGUCAGCUAUGUUAGGUACACUAAUGCAUUUUCAACAUACGAUAGUCAAGACGGGUUUGUUGGGGUAUAAUCCUGUUUGAUGAAGAAGCAUCUGUAGAUAAUAGAAUACACAAAGAUGAGUGGUGUGAAGAAAAAAAAAAGGGAGGAAAGAUGAGGUUGUAGGAACAGGAGGGUGCAGUAGCUUCUUGGGGCGAUAUCAUCAAGAAAAAUGUUCCUGACAGGAUGGGUGAAAUGAAGGAAGUCAUAGUGUGGGGAUAGAAGCACAUCCUUGACAAGAAGAAAGGUUAAUGCAGAGGCACUGUGUGUGUCAGAACAUGACUGGACUGUGUGGGAGAAAGACGAUAGACAGGUCUUUCAGGCUUCUUGGGCCAUAGCAAGGAGCUUGGCUUUUCUUGAGUGAGGGAGGUGGGAUGGGAUCAGUCAACAGUAGAGAAAUGUAGGUGGGGGAAUGUUAAGUUCAACCCUAGAAUUUCAUGAGAUUAGGUUGUAAAACUCCCCCAUGUGGCAGCUUCUGUCUGGAUGGACCCCACACUUGUCUGUGCAUUGAGAUGUAUCCCACAACCAGAAAGUAAAAGAGCUGAGUUCUUGGAGCACUAGUUUGGCAUUCAGGCAGCCAUGGACUCUUGGGCUGAGCUACAUACAGCUCCUGCUGUGGGAAUAGGAAAUAGGAAAUCUCUAAGCUUACCUCUGUCUCCACCCAUGUAAAUACAGAGCCCUAGUUUUAGCCCUGGGUCAACUCAGAGACCAAAUGCUAAUGUUCAUUAUUGGGUAUUAGCAAGGAAAUAAAUUUCUAAAUAACUCUCUGGUUAGAACCAUGAAGAAGUUUCAAGGUUUGAAGAAUCACCAGGGGCUGUUAUGGAUAACCUCCUAUAUGCUGCUACAUUUGCUAUCAUUGGAACUUUGGGAGCUCAGGGUCAUCAACCUGGUGAGCCAUGGGGCUAACAGCAGCACUUUGAGAAAAGAAGAUAACUACUCCCUGUUUGUUUAACCUGUUAACAGUGUGGUUGCUUGCAGCCAAAAGCAUUUUCGACUCUAUCGGCCAGAUCUUAGGCAAGUGGUUAUAAGAUGGGGAUAUUAUCAAGCUGGACUGGUCAUGUAGUUAAAAUCAUACAUGUGUGCCAACAUUCCUAAUCUCGCUUGAGGGUCACUGAUUUUCUGUGAGGACUGGAACUUAAUACAGCUGAAAGACACAGCUUGAGAGGACCAGAUACCGAUUAAGUUUAAGAGACCCUCACAAGGAUAGCAGUUCAGACCUGUGUGUUAACUCUUUUCUGUACCAGAUACACGGUUUCAAUCAAGGUCUGUAGGUAGCAAGAUAAUUUGGGCAAAUACCAGUUUUCUCUAACUUCCUUCUUUUCUUCACAGUUUCCACUUUCUUUAUGAGUCCAGUUUGGGGAUGAUUGAUGAAUAUUGUUUGCAUGAUUUGGGGGGGGGGUUCCUUCUUGUGAAAUUUUUUUUGAGGUGACAGUUGACAUUCGACUUUAAAUUCAUCUUGGUGACACUUUUGACUCACAACCUAAAGGAAAAUAACCACUGAGUAAACAAAGAAUAAAAAAUAAUGUUAUUGGUGAAA